UCGUGAGCGAAAUUUCUCUCUGAAAACUAUGGAAGCCGUCUGGAAUUAUUAUUACAGCAUUACGAAGAGAAUACUAUUAUUGGUUGGUCAGUGGCCUUAUCAGAAGAGAAGAGAGAGAUUAUUCCGAAUGACUGUAGUCACUAUAAUCUACCUUUCUGUGAUGGUUACGCAGGUGGGAAGACUCAUUCAAUGUGACAAAAACGUACGAUGUAUCUUAAUAAGUAUACCGACGAUGCUAAUGUAUAUUAUAAUAAUGGUGAAGCUAUUCACGUGCCAAAUUUAUAGUAGCAAAAUUAAACAUCUCACCGAUCAAUUAUAUAGCGAUUGGACAAAUUUGAAAAGCUCGGAUGAAUUAGAAAUUAUGAAAACCUAUGCAGCAAAAGCAAGAUUGAUUUUUUUGAUUUAUUCCUCAUAUUAUUACAUAUGUUGUCCCAUGUUUCCACUAUUUAGUCUCACACCACAGAUAUUAGAUAUCGUAUUGCCUCUCAACGAAUCUCGGCCUAUAUUAAUGCCUCAAGAAUGUCAUUAUUUCGUCAAUGACGAUAGAGAAUAUUUCUAUUAUAUUCUUCUCCAUGUUAUAAUAUCUAUAAUAAUAAAUAUAACAGGUCUACUCGCGCAUGAUUGUAUGAUCUUGACUUACAUCGAACACGUUUGCGGCAUCUUUGCUGUAGCUGGAUUUCGUUUUGAAAAUUUAGCACAUAAUAACGAUGUAGAAAAUAAUAAUAUAAAGAUAUACAAUCAAAAAAUAGCAUUAUCCGUUCAUGCACAUUGGCGAGCUUUACAAUUCGCGGAGUUUCUUGAAAAUACCUUCUGUGUAACUUUAAUUAUACAAAUGUUCAUAGUUAUCACAGCGAUGAGUGUCACUCUUGCGCAAAUGGCGAUGCAAUUAGAAAACACUUUUGAAACGACGAGAUACAUAGCAUUUAUUAUUGGUCAGUUGAUUCAUAUAUUCUGCUUUAGUCUACAAGGCCAAAGGUUGAUAGAUCACAGUUUACAAAUGCACGAGAAGAUAUAUAAAUGUGCCUGGUACAAAAUACCCGUGAAAUCGCAAAGGCUGAUUCUAAACAUCAUGAGAAGAAGCAUGCAACCGAAUGUUUUGAGCGCAGGCAGAAUAUACAUUUUUUCACUGAAAAGCUUCAUGACGGUUCUGCAAUCUUCGAUGUCAUAUUUUACUGUACUUGCGUCCUUCCUAGCAUUUUCACAUAUGGCACUCUAUUUUUUUCCAAUGAAAUUUUAUUCGUUCUUUACAUCGGAAAAAUUUAAUCGACUACGCGCCGUCAAGGAUAAAGUAUCGCUAAGUAAAGCUAUGGAGUUUGUCUGGAAUUAUUAUUACAGUGUGACGAAGAGAAUGCUAUUAUUGGCUGGUCAGUGGCCCUAUCAGAAACGAAGAGAGAGGUUGCUUCGAGUAACUCUAGUGACUAUGACCGAGCUUUCUGUGAUGAUUCCACAGAUAGGCAAAUUUAUUCAAUGUGACAGAAAUAUGCAUUGUAUUUUUAUGACAUUACCGACAUAUCUAAUGCACACUGUAAUUAUGGUGAAGCUAUACACAUGCCAAUUUAACAGUGACAAAAUUAAAAAUCUCAGUGAUCAGCUGUAUAGCCAUUGGAAAAAUUUGAAAAGCCCAGAAGAGUACGAAAUUAUGAAAACGUAUGCAGCAAAAGCGAGAUUAUUUUCUCUAAUAUAUUCCUCAUAUUAUAUCAUAUGUUGUCCUAUGUUUAUCUUAAUAUCCCUCACACCGCAAAUAUUAGAUAUUGUGUUACCGCUCAACGAAUCCCGCCCUAUGUUAAUGCCUUAUGAAGCCCAUUAUUUCGUCCACGAUGACAGAGAAUAUUUCUAUUAUAUUUUCUUUCACGCUCUUGGAGCUAUACUAAUAAUUAUAACGGGUAUACUCGCGCACGACUGUAUGGUCUUGACUUAUAUCGAGCAUGUCUGCAGCAUCUUUGCUGUGGCUGGAUUUCGUUUCGAAAACUUGGCGUAUAAUAAAGAUACAGAUUUGAUAAAUAAUAAUCUGAUUAACAUGUACAAUCAAAAGAUAGCUAUCUCUGUGCAUGCACACUGGCAAGCCUUACAAUUCGCGGAACUUCUGGAAGAUACUUUCUCCAAAACUUUCGCCAUACAAAUAGCGAUAGUUACCGUAGCGAUGAGUAUCAGUUUACUGCAAAUGGCAGUGCAAUUAGAUGAUAUUCUGGAAACGAUGAGGUAUACGGCAUUUGUCGUUGGUCAGCUGAUCCAUUUAUUUUGCUUCUCUCUGCAAGGCCAAAGAUUGAUAGAUCACAGUUUAAAAAUACACGAUAAGAUAUACAAUUGCUUGUGGUACAAUAUGCCCGUCAAAUCGCAAAUAUUGCUUCUAAACGUGAUGAGAAGGAGCUUGCAACCAAAUAUUUUAAGUGCCGGUGGAAUUUAUAUUUUUUCCCUAAAAAGUUUCACUACGGUUCUGCAAUCUUCGAUGUCAUAUUUCACCGUACUUGCGUCUUUCCAGUAAUCAAUGAUUAAUAUAUUCAAAUAGUAUUUAUGUACAAACUUAAUAAUAUUAUGUGACAAUAGAUUAUUGUAUUUAGAAUAAAUAUGUGCAUACGUACCUUUAAA